AUCAUUUAAACUCACUGACGCAUGGUGCUGUCGUCCUCCAUUCAGAAUUCGUUCUUCCGCUAAGAUCCUCUCAAGCAAGAUCUCGUGGUGCCUCGAUCCUUGCUUCAGCCAUCAUCUCUCAUGCAUCAAGCUUGACAACUCCAUAAAACAAACAGUACUAAUAUCCUUUCAUCCUUUCAAAUCAUACAAUCUUAAUAAGGCAAGGCAGAGACACAGCUUGAUUUUUUAGAAUAGGCAUCUACCGGUAGCAUGGGUACCUUUAGCUUUAGCAUUCAAAGCGUAUCAACGUUGCACUUGCUAGCGUUAGCUGGGCUUGCCGUUGUUUCCAACCAUAACUUUCAAGUGUCCGCGUUGAGUGCAAGUACCAGUACUGGUGCUGCUGGUACUCUGUCCUACUUGGAUUCUCUGUCUCGGGUACAAGUGGCUACUACUAGUGGUACUGGUGGUACUGGUGUUGCUCCUGCCAUUACCCCUUCUACCGGUGGCAAGACCAAGAACACCAAGGAGGAGAUUAUUGCCAGUGCCAGUGCCAGUGCCAGUGCCAUUGCUGCAGGCACUAAGGGUAACUCUGCUAAGGCUACCAGUAGUAUUUACAAGGCUAGUACCGGCAGGUAUGAAUUCAAGGCAGCUCCCCGGUUGGACGCCAAAACCAAGAUUCAGAAAGAACGAGAAAGCAAUGAACUCUUGAACAGCAUUGGCUUUGUGGUUUCUACCACUUUGUACGUAGGAAUUCCCUAUGCGCUCUUUGGAAUGCCUUCCGACUUUUUGCUUGACAAGGUGGAACACCAAAUUGGACAGGUCAUUGGUACUGGUACACAAGAAACUAGUAAUUUCAGAGAAUUACUGGUGCAAAAAGGACUUGUCAAUGACAAUGACAGCCGUCCUUCCCAACUGCUCAAGGAAUCCUUUCAAGCAGCAACUGAAUUUGCUAUCAAGAGCACUUGGUCCCCUCAAACCAGCAAGCAACCUCAUCCUCGCAUGGAUACAGAUGCCAUUGUGGGGCGCAUCAUGGCUCCAUCCAAAAGCAACUACCAGUACAUGUACAUGGACCAACCCAAAGUGGCUCAAGUACCAGUGCCAGUAGUGCCAGUGCCAGCAGUACCAGUGCCAGCAGUACCAGUGCCAGUACAAGUUCAGGAAACAGUACAAGAACAACAACCGGCCACCCCGAGUAAAAGUGACAGUGACAGUCCUGUCAUGGCGAUGGAGCAAGUACAAAACGUUCAGGAAACAGAACAGGAACAGGAACAGGAACAAGCAACUGCCACACAAAGUGACAGUUCUGUCGUUGCAAUUCAGGAAGGAGAGGAUGCAGCCAUCUAUCCCUCCACCACUUUGCCAGAACUGGACGCGCCCGUCAAUACUGGCACCGGUACUGGUACUACUGCUAGUAAUGCUAUCAUGGAGCAAGAAACUGCUCCAGUUGCGUGGCAGCAAAGAACUGACUACCAAUCAUACCACUACGACAAUCAUAACCAGUACAAUGACAAUAACCAAGACAAUGACGUUGAAUACCAAGGAACCAAUGCGAAGCAGCAAAGCUUGGCCGAUCAAGAAUAUGGCCAUGACACAAGUCUCUUCUAACCAAGGCAGCUAUAGCCGCGUGCGUUGCUGGAUGGAUUGGUACUACAUUUAGUACAUGGACAAAUUCGAGAAAAAAAGAAGAAAAACGUACAUUUUGCAUGGGUCCUAGUCAAGUCGAGUCAGAGUCGAGUUGAGUCGGCCAUUUUGAAUUUUAAAAGUGACAAAAAGCCGACAAAAGUUUAGCGUACCAGUAACAAUUAGAACAGCAUUUACGUC